GAAAGGGCAACUUUAUUGACAAAACCCUUGAGCACAGAGAACAGAGCCGGGUUGCCCUUCAGUGGCGAUAUCAAGACAGCCUUCACACCAGGAGUAACAGUACGUGAGAGGAAACUACACCCUGUGGACCAUGGCGGCAAGAAUUCUGCCCGUAGUGAAACUGGCCACCAAGGUGACCAUUGCAGGAGGAGCUGUCUACGUUGCCUAUGACUCCGGUCUGUUGGGGAGCAGUGAGCAGGGCUCAGAGGCUCUGGGGAAGGCCAAGGCUGUAAUCCCCCCCGCCGUAGAGGAAUGGAUGAAGUACUUUGGCAUGGAGGCUCAACUUCCAACCAUGCCUAAGAUUGAAUUCUCCCCUCUUCAGUCGUGGAACUCUGGAGUGCGGUGGACAAUUUCAUCUCUUUCAGAGGCUCCAACAAAAGCAAGUGAUUACACAAAUCAGGGAUUGCAGUACCUGAAAGACCUCACCAAGUGAACAGGAACUCUCUGGUCAACCUUAAAUUUAUAAAUCUUUUGAGUUUUGCACUUGAAUGACAUUACCUCUUCAAAAGUUGUAGCCCCUGACAAGAAAGAAAAAACACCCAACAUGAAAGAAAAAUGUGUGUUGAAAUUCAGCUACAAGGAGUGUAGUCUCCUGAAUGGGUACUGUGGUCCUCUAAAUGAUAGUGGCAUUGGUUGGGAGUCGUAUUGUACAUAAUGCUAGGAAGCAAUAUGUGUUUUAAAAGAAAUUGUUCUUUGGUUUUGUGUGUACCAUCAAACCUAAUUUUGCUCAGAACUGUCUAAUAUACAAUAUUUUACUUCCCUUUGUGCUCAAACCAUCCAAAUAUUAUGAAGAGAAUGUCUGAUGUGUGUGUAUAUAUGCAGUUUCACCAUUUGUGACUAAAUACAUCGAUCUUAAAACAC